AUGGCACCUGCACCCAACACUGGAACUGCCACUGCGGCACCCUCAGCCGUUGGCACCAUCACUCUUGUUGGUGGUGCAAAGGGCGAGCAGUCUCCCGAAACCCUCGCCGCUCUUAAUGGCGGUGCCGCACGUCUCGCAGGGAUGCUGCCCGCUUUCAGGCCAGUGGAUCAGCUAUUCUUCACUCUCAAGCACGUGCUGCCCGCAAUGAUCUUGCAAUACAUCUCUCAGACUGCCGCUUCUUCUCAGCCCGCCUCCGGGGCGGACGAGGCCUCCCAAUGGACCGUCAAGACCGUUGCUGCCGUUUACGCGGCCACCUACAUCCUCCUUGGCCUCAACACCACAAAAUUCUUGGCCGCCUUCUCUCACAAGUGGGGCUACCUCGACCGUGACGUUGAGCGGAACGGCAGGAAAGCCGAGACGAUCGGCUACUCUAGUCUAUCAGUGAGUGCAAACUUUGCCCGCAAAUGGAGAUGCAAUGCGAUCACGGCCAGCUGACAGGAGACUUGACGAAUGGUACGGCACACUCUACAGGCAACCUUUAUCAUCUCAUCCGUUGCGCGCAUCGCGGCUGGAGCCUACUUCUACCGCAGCAGCAUCGGUGCACCUUCUCUCAGCUUGUCCCUGCCUUUUAAGAUGUCAUUGUACGCCAUCAUCUUUGACUUCUUCUACUACGCCUACCACCGUCUUCAACACUCUUCUCUGAUUCCCGGACUGCGUGCGCUCCACAUGGCGGGCGAGCAUCGCGCUACGGACAGCCACCCUACGCCAGGCAUGGUCACGCUUCAAUCCCGUCCCACCUCUCACUUGGACCCUGUGCGAGCCGUGGGCCUUCACCUCGCUGCCAUGUCCGUCUUCUCCUACGUGCCCAUCACUUUUGGCUUCCACGAAUGGUUCUACGUUACUUGCGCCAUGCUCUACACUGAGCUCUACUGCCUUUCGGGAGCUCGCGUACACAGCGAAGCCUGCACGACGGCGCUCCUCGUCAGGUGGACUGGCGACCGCACCCUGAACCCCAUCAACCCUCUGCCCCGCCUCACCCAGUUCGACAAGAACAACGAGGACACGGACCAGCACUAUCUCGCUGCCGUUUCCGACAAGAAGCUCAAGCUGGCCAACUUUGGUCAACAAAGUCGCGUUUGGGAUGACAUUUUUGGAACGGUGACGGAUAGGCUGGAGUGCCGCGAGCUGAGCAUCAAUUGGUCUCUCAGUGCCAGCGACCGUGUUCCCCACUUCAUGAAGAGCACUUGA